AUGGCCGACCUCGAGGGUAACCUCCGCAGCCAAGGGGUCAACUUUGGCCUCAUUGCCGUCCUCGCUGUUCUCGGAUUUGGAUCAUUGACCUACGGAUACACUGCUGCCAUCAUUGGCACUACUCUUGGGCAACCGACAUUCAUCAAGUAUUUCGAACUCGAUACUCGUCCAAACGGGACAGACUUGAUUUCGACCACCAAUGGACUCUUCCAGACUGGCGGAGUCAUCGGCACUCUCUGCCUCCCGUGGGUCCUGGACAAAUAUGGUCGCAAAUGGGCGUGUGCAGUGCCGGCAGUCCUCGCGAUCAUCUCUGGGGCUUGCAUGGCCGGCGCCGUGCACAUCGGCAUGUUCAUCGCGUUCCGGUUCGUGGCGGGCGCGUCGGCGUUCAUGGUGCUGGCGGCGGUGCCGGUGUUCAUGGCCGAAAUCGUGCCCGUCCACCUCCGCGGCGCCCUCGUCGACAUCCACGGCGUCAUGCUGGUUCUCGGCUACGUGGUCCAGGCGUGGAUCGGGUUCGGCUUCUACUUCUGGCAGAGCGGCAGCAGCGUCACCUGGCGACCGCCCGUGGCCGUCCAGUGCUUCUUCCCGUUGUGCCUCUUGGUCGGCUUGCUGUUCGUGCCCGAGAGUCCACGGUGGUUGGUCAUGCAGGGCCGCGAAAGUGAAGCGGAGCAGAUCAUCUACAAGCUACACAGGAACAAGAAGGAUCCCGAUAACCUCGCGGCGAAGGCCGAGUUCUAUCAGAUCCAACAGCAGAUCGCCAUUGAAAGGACCCUCGGCAGUUCCUGGAUGCAUAUGUUCAGAAGGCCGUCCUACAGAAAAAGGACCAUGUUUGGCGUGAGUGUGGGCGUGAUCAUCCAGUGUGGCGGUGUGCUGGUGAUUAAUAACUACGGCCCUUCCCUCUACAGACUGCUGGGUUUCUCGCCGGUGAAGCAGCUCCUCUACCCAGCCGCGUGGCUCACAUUCGCGCUGGGUCUCAACGUCAUUUCCAUGUUCCUGAUCGACCACUUUCCUCGGAACAAAUACAUAGCAUUUGGCGUCUCGGGCUGCGUGUGUGCUCUCAUCUGCGAGGCCGCACUGGUUGCAAAUUUUGUCCCCUCCGACAAUCAUGCCGCCCUCCAGGCCGCCGUCGCCAUGUUGUUUGUGUACCAGCUCUUCUACGGCUUGUGUCUCGACGGGCCACAGUUUGCCUACAUUGGAGAACUGUUCCCAACCCAUCUCCGGGCGAAGGGCGUCUGUCUGACCGUGGCCGGGAUAUCAGCCAUGAAUAUCAUUUGGCUUCAAUCAGCUCCCACGGCCUUUGAAAAGAUUGGCUGGAAGUUCUACCUGGCAUUCAUCAUUCCCGCGAGUAUUGGCGCCAUUGUGAUGUGGUUCUACUUUCCCAACACGAAAGGGGUCCCCUUGGAGGAGAUCGGAGUUCUAUUCGGCGAGACGGACGAGGUGGCCGUAUAUCAAAGGGACAUUGAGGUGGAUCACAUCAAUCACACCAUUCACGACCGUCACCACGAGCAGUCCAAAGCGAUGGACGCAUCACACGUAGAGACCAACAUUGUAGAAGAUCAAGUUUGA